AUGUUGAACAGAGAGUAUGAAAUAUUUGCAAUGAAUGAAGGAGAAUCUAUUGAUGAACUGUUCGAAAGAUUCAACAUCAUCAUUGUUGGCUUGGAUGCUAUGGGAAUCAAGUAUCCUGAAUCUGUGCUUGUGAGAAGAGUGUUGAGAUGUCUCACAAAAGAGUGGAAAACUAAGGCAUUAAUCAUAUCUGAGAGUAGUAGUCUUGAUUCUAUGAUAUAUGAUGACUUGAGAGGAAAUCUACUUAAUUUUGAAAACACUUAUUUGAAAAAAGAUUCAAAAAAGAAAGGAAUAGCGUUUACAUAUGUUACUAACCCCCUAGAUGGUGAAUCCAGUGAUAAUUCCUCUGGAAAUGAAUUUUUGUUGUUUGCCAAAAAAUUCAGGAAAAUGGUAAAGCUCAAGGAAAGAAACAAGGAAAGCAGCUCAAGAAGACAAAAGAAAGAUUUCAGUAAGGUGACAUGUUACAACUGCAAAGAAAUUGGGCAUUUCAAAUCCGAUUGCCCUAAGUUGAAGAAGGAGGAGAAGCCCAAGAAGGAAAAGAAAAAUGGACUGAUGGCUUCCUGGGAGGACUUGGAGAAUGACUCAGAUGAUAAUGAAGAAUCAGAAACCAAGUCCCAAUCAUGUCUCAUAGCAGAUCACAUUGGACAGGUAGUCUUUCAUAACCCUGACACUGAAGAUCUUCAUCUUAUGAUAGACCACCUUUCUGAAAAAAUUAGAUACUUCUUACUUGAUAACCAAGAUCUUGAACAACAAAUCACCAUUCUUAAAGUUGAAAAUGGUUUUCUUAAAGAUAAACUUAGGGAGGCUAAAACUGUUGUUGAACUUGUUGAAGAAAACAAUCAGUUAAACGCUCAACUUAGAAGCUGUGAAAGUGAUCAUUCUGUUGUUGCAUACGUAAAUUUUUUUAAAGAAAAUGAAGAGUUACUUAAAAAGGUCAAAAACCUUGAAUAUGACUUAGCCAUGUUCACUCAAAGUUCUGAAAAUUUAAAUCAAAUCUUGGCUAGUCAAAAAUCUCUUUAUGAUAAAGAUGGCUUGGGGUUUCAUAAGACUUUCAAAUCUGUUGAAAAAUCUUAUUUUGAAAACAUGGCUUCAUCUUCUAAUGAUACAAGGCUUGAUGAGUAUGAUGGAAGGUUUGUCACUUUCGGUGAUGAUGGUAAAGGAAAAAUAGUGGCCAUCGAAAAAGUUGAUAAAAGUUUCUCUUCUUGUAUAAAUGAUGUUCUUGUUGAUGGAUUGAAACAUAAUUUACUAAGUGUUAACCAAUUGUGUGAUCUAGGAUAUGAAGUUAUUUUUAGAAAUACUGUGAUAGAAAAUGAUUCAGAUUGUGAAGAUGCUGUCAAUAAGGCAACCAAUGAAGAAAAUCCCAAGUCUGUUCAAAAUGAAGAAUUUGUCCAUCUAGUUUUGUCUCAUCAGAAUGGAGGAGACAUUUCUGUUUUGUCUCCUGAGCCAGCAAGAGAAUCUGGAACAGAACAACAUACUGAAGCUCAUCAAAGCUCAACAUCACUCUGA